CACGGCGUGUAGCUCCCUGCAUCUUGCCAAGUUUCAGCGCAGAGCACUGAUCAGUGCUUCGCUGGCCUGGAGCCCUUGUCCUCCGGGUCCCUGACCCUGCGCCCCUGUAACCCUACGCUCAGGUCCCGGCAUGCCCCGCGCUCGUAAGGGCAACGCGCCCCGCAAGGGCGGCCAGCGCCGUGGAGGAGGUGCCCGGUGUAGUGCCCAAGCUGACUCAGGUUCCAGUGAGGAUGAGGCAGCCAGUGAGGCCCGCAGUACCACUAGUGAAUGUCCCAGCCUUCUCAGCACCACAGCAGAAGACAGCCUGGGGGGGGAUGCUGUGGAUGAACAGGGCCAACAGGAAGAUCUGGAAGAAAAGCUGAAAGAAUAUGUGGACUGCCUUACAAAUAAGAGUACCAAGACCCGGCAAGGAGCUCUGGAGAGCCUGCGCUUGGCACUGGCUUCUCGCCUGCUCCCUGACUUCCUGCUGGAACGCCGCCUCACACUGACUGAUGCCUUGGAAAAGUGCCUCAAGAAAGGGAAGGGUGAAGAACAAGCCCUGGCUGCUGCUGUGCUAGGCCUGCUGUGUGUGCAGCUGGGCCCUGGACCCAAGGGCGAGGAGCUAUUCCACAGCCUGCAGCCCCUGCUAGUCUCUCUGCUCAGUGACAGCACAGCUAGCCCCACUGCCCGGCUUCAUUGUGCUUCUACUCUUGGCUUGGGGUGCUAUGUGGCUGCUGCCGACAUCCAGGAUCUGGUCUCUUGCCUUGCCUGCUUAGAAGGUGUUUUCAGCCAGUCCUGCAGCACAGAUGACUCCACAGCUCCUGUGGUUCCUGCCAGCCUGCAUGGCCUGCUCUGUGCUGCCUUGCAGGCCUGGGCAUUAUUGCUUACUGUCUGUCCCAGCACCCACAUCAGCCACAUCCUUGACAGGCAACUGCCCCAGCUGCCACAGCUCUUGUCCAGUGAAAGUGUGAACCUGCGGAUUGCUGCUGGUGAAACCAUCGCACUGCUCUUUGAGCUCGCCCGGGACCUUGAGGAGGAGUUUGUUUAUGAGGACAUGGAGGCCCUCUGUGAUGCUCUGCGGACUCUAGCCACAGAUAGCAAUAAGUACCGUGCCAAAGCUGACCGCCGGCGCCAGCGUUCUACUUUCCGUGCUGUGCUGCAUUUUGUUGAGGGUGGUGAAUGUGAGGAAGAGAUGAUCCGCUUUGGACUGGAAAUGCUUUAUGUGGACAGCUGGGCUCGGCACCGGAUCUAUGCUGCCUUCAAGGAUGUGCUGGGUUCGGGCAUGCACCAUCACCUGCAGAAUAAUGAACUUCUCCGUGACAUCUUUGGCUUGGGCCCUGUGCUGGUACUGGAUGCCACUACUCUGAAGGCCUGUAAAGUUUCACGUUUUGAAAAGCACCUAUACAAUGCUGCUGCCUUCAAAGCCUGGACCAAGGCUCGAAGCCGUGUGCGGGACAAACGGGCAGAUAUCCUGUGAAAUGAACCAGCUGAAGACAGACUAUCCAUGCCCUUGCUUGUAUUUUUAACAGAGGACAAUGCAAAAACUGGUCUCUGCCAGUGAUUGUCACUUUAUUUUUUUUUUUAAAAGACAAAA